AUGCUCUCCUCAGGGCUUCUGUCGCUUUUCUUGGCAACUCUUUCUACGGCUGCUCCUCUUGCCCCUCGCCAGAUAACAUGCGCAUCAGGCUUAUACAUCAUCGUCGCUCGCGGCUCUAACCAGGCCAUUGGAGAAGGCUCACCCGGCGAGGUCGCGAACAUGAUCGAAGCGCUUGUCGCAGACUCGUACAGUGUAGCAGUCGACUAUCCUGCGGUUAUCAUCGACUUUGACGAUAACUACUUCACCUCCGUCGUCGAUGGCAUCGAAGACACGAAAGCGAAGAUCCAGGAUUACGUUGCUGCUUGUGGCGCCUCGAGCAGGAUUGCCCUGCUUGGUUAUUCUCAGGGCGGAAACGUCGUAACCGAUACCCUGGCAGGCGGUACUGGGAAACCAGAUCCGAUUGGCGAGGAGUAUAGAGCAAACAUCGUUGGCGCUGCAGUCUUCGGCGACCCUCGAUUCAAUGCUGGCCAACCUGUGAGCGCUGGCGACUCCACCAGCGAUGGCAUCUUCGCGCGAGACAGCAGCUUGGCCGCCCUGAAUACGUGGUCGAAUGUCUUGAGGAGUUACUGCGAUGAAGGUGAUCCAUUCUGCUCCAGCGACUUCGACCUCGACGUCCAUUAUGCCACGGUCGAGAAGUACGCUCAGGCAGCUACAGAUUGGAUAGUGUCGUUGGCUGCCUGA